GCUCCCCAUUCCAACCUACAAGCUUUCCUCGCAAGCCUGCAUACCCGCCGACUGGCCGGGCUCAUCAGCAGGCAGAACCGCUCUCAGGCGACCGUACCAACAGACCGGCACCAUGGAGCUCAUCAGCCGGUCGCAGCUGCUCAGCAGGAAGUGUCACCUUCCGUACUAGACGUUCGCCAGCAUGGAGCUCCGAUAACCCCUUCCUCUUUUCUUCUCCAAUCUCUGGCCCCGGAUCUUCCGCGGUUUAACCAUGGGAACAUGGCGUGAUCUGCGUGUGGCGUUCAUCGUGGGGUCUUUGUUCAUGAUCCUGCUCAUCAUCGCCUACUGGGAUGAUGUUGGGGGCUUCAGUCUGUACCCUUUGCAAGACCACAAACACGAUCGUUGCCCCCAGACGACCACGGGCCGCUCGAUCCAGGCCUCCACCGACAGCACCGCUUCUUAUGUGGGAAUAUCCAACGCAACAUGGGCUCCGACCAAGACAAACAAAAACGUAGAGGGAAGAGGGCAACAGGAGGUGAGAAGAGAGGACACAAUGGAGUUGGAAGAGCAGAAUCAGGUUUCAGCUGGAAGUAGGGAGCAGAUGGCGAGGAAGCAGAGGAUUAUGGAUGUGUGUUCAGGGAAAGACUUGGUGGAAUUUCCCGGGAGGAUUCGAGCUUUUGAACAGAUCCCCAACAGGGAAUUGGACCACUUGAUAGUUGAUGACACGCACCAGAUCAUCUACUGCUAUGUACCCAAGGUGGCGUGCACCAACUGGAAGAGAGUGAUGGUGGUCCUGUCCCAGUCCCUGGUCUCACCCAUCUCAGGAAAACCUUAUACUGACCCAGAGUCAGUUCCCCCGGAUCUCGUGCACAACUCCUCGCUUCACCUCACUUUUGCCAAGUUUUGGCGUCAUUAUGGCUCUCUUUCCCGCCACCUGAUGGCACUCAAGCUCCAGCACUACACAAAGUUCCUGUUUGUACGCGACCCCUUUGUCCGGCUCAUCUCAGCCUUCAGGAACAAGUUUGGAAGGCCCAACGAGGACUUCUACCGCCAGUUUGGGUCAGUCAUCCUGCGUCGCUAUGGCAACAUUUCAGGGAGUUUGCCGGAAUCUGCGGCUGAGGCAUUUGCAGCUGGGAUCAAACCGACCUUCCAGCAGUUCAUCUCAUACCUGCUGGAUGCAGAGACAGAGAGGGAGAGCAUCUUCAAUGAACACUGGCGUCAGGUUCACCGCCUCUGCCAUCCGUGCCAAGUAAAAUACGACUUCAUUGGUCGACUGGAAACCCUGGAAACGGACGCACUGCAGCUGCUAAAGCUUCUGCAAGUGGAUCAUCUGCUUCGCUUCCCCUCUGGAGCGCGAAACCGGACUGCGGCCAGCUGGGAAAGGGACUGGUUUUCCCAGAUUCCCAUUUCUAUGAGGACAGCACUGUACAAGCUUUAUCAAGCAGAUUUCGAGCUGUUUGGCUACCCCAAACCUGACAGUGUCCUGCACCAGUAGACCACACUCACCUAAAAACCUUUUAAAGACCAAGUCUAUGAUGCUGUUUGUCAGUGCAUAUACCUCAAAAGUAGGGAUGUCCGAUAAUAUCGGCCCACUGAUAUUAUCAGCCCGAUAUAAUAACAUAAAAAUGUAAUGUCGGUCAAUAGCCUAUGGGCUCCCAUAUUUUCCGUCGUGCAUAUGAUAACCUCAUCAAACCUCCUCACUAUAAGGAAUGUUACAAUUCCCGGAAGUAAGCGACGGUAAAAUGUGACACUAUGUGCGCGCUCGACUAGGAGAGUUUGUGGGGACGCCUGUGAAAAUGCUGCUUUUUCAUAUGAUAUCGGGUGUAUUUUAAUUCGUAUACAUGCACCAUGCACCACCAGUAGAUUACUUUUUCCUCUUCAAUUUUGCAUCGGAUUUACACUCAGUGUUGGACCACAUCGACUCAUACGACGGCUUUGAAAGUUAAGUCCAACUUUAAGCCUUCCAAACUCAUGCAUCGGAGCUUCAGGACAAGAUAAAAGGUAUGUAGGAUAUCUAUCUGCAGGGAAUCUAUCUGCAGAUUGAAAUGUCAUUCAGAUCAGAAUAACUGUGUACAUGCAAUUUGUAGUGUGGCGUGGAAACGAAUACAGUUUGCUGCUACACAAAGAGUGCUAGGCAUACAUGAAAAUGAUGACACUUGAUUUUCUUCCCUGGACUUUUUGAUUAUCAAAAAAAUUUAAAUAGCUACUCUCAACUUUUAAAACAAAUGUCAUCUCAAGUAUUUCUCAGAUGUUUUACAAUUUUGUACAAUGUUUUUUACAGUCACGUUGAGAAGCUAAUUGCUGAUGUUAUAUCCAUUAGCUUCACAACAGAUACAGUGGUGUAAAAAAGUGCCCCUUUCCUGAUUUGUUUUUGGGUUUUUUUGCAUGUUUGUCACACUUAAAUGUUUCAGAUCAUCAAACAAAUUUAAAUAUUAGUCAAUGACAACACAACUGAACACAGUUUUCAAAUGAAGGUUUUUAUUAAGGGAGAACAAAAAUUCAAACCUACAUGGCCCUGUGUGAAAAAGUGAUUCCCUCCCACCGUUAAAACAUAACUUAACUGAGAUUAAUUGACAUCUAUCAGUCUGGAAAAGGUUAUAAAGCCAUUUCUAAAGCUUUGAGACUCCCGCGAACCACAGUGACAGCCAUUAUCCACAAAUGGUAAAAACAUGGAACAGUGGUGAACCUUCCCAGCAGAUCGGACAACCAAAAUUACAUCCAAGGGGUCACAAAAGACCCCACAACAACAUCCAAAGAACUACAGGCCUCACUUUCUAGAACAUCAUAACAAGAGUAAAAUAUGGUGGUGGUAGUGUGAUGGUCAGGGGCUGUUUUGCUGAUUCAGGACCUGGAAGACUUGACGUGAUACAUGGAACCAUGAAUUCUGCUGUCUACCAAAAAAUUCUGAAGCAGAAUGUCCGGCCAACUGUUUGUGACCUCAGGCUGAAAGCAACUUGGGUUCUGCAGCAGGACAAUGAUCCAAAACACACCAGCGAGUCCACCUCUGAAUGACUGAAGGAAAACAAAAUAAAGACUUUGGAGUGGCCUAGUCAAAGUCCUGACCUGAAUCCUAUUGAGAUGCUGUGGCAUGACCUUAGAAAGGCGCUUCAUGCUGGAAAAUCCUCCAAUGUGGCUGAAAUACAACAAUUCUGCAAAGAUGAGUAGGCCAAAAUUCCUCCACAGCGCUGUAAAAGACUCAUUGCAAUUUAUUGCAGUUGUUUCUGCUAAGUGUGGCCUAACCAGUGAUUAGGUUUAGGGGGCAAUCACUUUUUCACAUUGGGCCAUGUAGGUUUGGAUUUUUUUUUCCCUUAAUAGAAGGAGGGAAAGGCUUCUUGAGACGUCAUCUGUACUUCUGUGAAGAAGGUGUCGGACGUUUCGCUCCUCAUCCGAAGAGCUUCGUCAG